ACUGAGGGAUUCUUUUUUUUUUUUUUUUCUAAAAUAGCAUGAAAUAUAAAUUAAGCCUGUUUGAAGGUUGUUAUUUUUGGCUCAAGAUGAGCCGAUUGUUCUCAUUAUUGAUUAUUUUUUAAUUCAUUAUUUAAUCCAUAAAGGAGCCAGUGGUUAAAAGUAUAAUUAGUAUAUUAUUCACUCAAGUACUUCGCUUCAGUACAAUUUGUACUAUUUACUUCAAUACAUUUGAAAAUCAAAGUGUAAAGAAAAAUAAAAAACACUACAUAAGUAGAAGGUGUAAUCUAAAAGAAUCAUAAGCAUUUACAAAUAACAUUAAUAAUAUAAUAGUAAUAUAUGUAUAUUUGAUUAAUAAAAUAACACAAUUCUAAAAAGACAUACACAAUAAAAACAAAUUAAUGUUUUUCUUAUUUUGUGAUUUAUUUUUGUAUGUCAUUUUUCGUUUUCAUCCCUUUUUCAUUUUGUUAUUUGUCUUUAUACUGGAGAUCAAAAUUAGAGAACAACCUACAAUUUACUAAAUGUCAAGAGCAGUCUUAUUUGAAACGAUCCAAACCCGAGUCAAAGAGCAGUAUUUUAAGCAUAUUUCAUGAGUUACAUAUAUUCUGAAGCACAGUUUAAAAUACUUAUAUUAGAUAUUUGAAAAAGAACGCUGAUCAAAAUUAGAGAACACUUUCAGAUGCCUCCCAGUUUUUGUUGUUAAUCUGGCACCUGGUGCUAAUUUUCUUAAUUCCAGGAACGUUCCAGUUUUCACUGACUUUGCAAGAUGGGCCAUACUAGAGUGACUCAACACUUCCAGCAGCAGGUUGUCGAGAUGAAGGCCAAAGGAAUGAGCCUAUCAGCCAUAGCAAGAGAAGUUGGUCGUUCUAAAUCUGUGAUUUUUAGAAUACUGCAUUAUUACAACAUCCCGACCUCAUUGAAGUCCUCCAAGAAGACUUGUCAUCCACGAAAGACAAAAACAAAGGAGGACAGGACAAUGCAGAAAAUCUCAAGGGGCAAUCGGUUGAACACUGCAGUUGGAAUUGCUCUUCAGUUCAGCACUGAACAGGCCCCUGUAAAACCAGCGAUGUCCGUCGUCAUCCAAACUCGGGGCGAGGUGGGUGGCGGCGUUGCGGCCCACCUGCAGUGCCCCCAGUGCGGCCACUUCUCCAAGAGCCACGCCCACCAACUGACCCACAUGGCGGGCUCCCACCCGACCUGCCUGGGCGGUGUUGCGGUGGGCCGACUCGGCCCCAUCGUGAUGUACCAGAGCACCGCCCGGCUGUUCCACUGCUCCAGCUGCUUCUACACUACCCGAGACUUCACCAAGCUGUACAAACACAUCAUCUCCAAACACUGCGUGGACGAGCGAGAUGGAGGAGGCGGCGACGAGGAGAAGCCGGGGGAGGAUGGGGACGAGGAGGGAGGGAAAGAUAAAGUAAAGAGUGAAGCGGAGGAGGAGGAGGUCGGGCAGCCAGAGUCUGUUAAGGCAGAAGGAGACGAGACCGUCCUGGUGUUUGACGGCGCCGGUUACAACUGCCUGAUCUGUGGCUGGAAGACCAGGCUGAAAGGUCUGGCCGUCUCCCACGUGGUCAAGAAGCAUGACAUCCCCAAAGCGUACGCCACCCAGGCCGUUAAACGGGAAGCCGCCGCCUUUAUGCCCAAACAGGAGAAAGGGGGCGGGGCAGAGGAGGAGGAGGGCGUGGCUGGGCUGAGCGGUGAGCUGCUGAAGGAAGAGAUGGAGGCCACUGCCAAGGUGGUGCGCUUCAUUUCCAACCGCUUCGUGUGUCUGAUCUGUGGCUGGAAGACCAAACUCAAAGGCUUCGCCAUCAGUCAUGUGGUGCGUUGCCAUGACGUGGAGCGUCCCUACCGCUGCAAAGACUGCAGUCGCUCCUUCUUCCUGCCCAGCCGGCUGCAGCAGCACGUCAGGGCGUCGCACCGGCCCGGCCGCUACGCCUGCCCCUUCUGCUGCUUCAGGUCCGAAUUCCUGGGGGGCUUCAGGAGGCACUGCAGCCGCUGCAAUGCCCGCGAGGAGGAGGAGGGCGGGGGAGGAGGAGGAGGAGAAGGAGGGGAGGAAGAGGACAAUGAAGAGGAGGAGGAGGAGGAGGAGAGGAAGGAGAGGAGAGCAGCGAGGAAAAGGAGGAGACCAGAGAGGGUGAUAGAGGAGGAGGAGGAAGAAGAGGAGGAAGAGGACUGAGAGGGAGCAGAGGAGGAGCAGAGGAGGACCACAUCUGUUUUUGUUUACAUGUUACUGUGAUGCUAACAGUCAGAAAGCUACAAGUCAAACUGUGACAAACACUUUUAAAACACACGUUUAAAUCAUGAAUAAAAGUUCUUUUUAAAAUAAUAAUUUCGUUCUUUGGU